GUGUAAACCAGGCUUAUUACUGUCAUUUAUUUAUUAUUAGAGUUUGGCGGCUUUUUUGCACUCUGAUUUCAGACUUCACAUUACAUUUUAAAUUUUAUAAGUAUACACGUUCUCGUACACGUCUUAUUUGUUAUUUUAUUUUGCUUCUCUUCUACAGUUGAAAUAAUUAUUUGAGGUAGGCCUAACCCUGUCCCUAACCUUAUUGCUUUACAGGGAUUUUUGAGGUAAACAACCAAUUUAUAUUUUAAAUAAAAAGUUACUGGCUUAAUAGAAUAAGCUAGGCCUAGUUUAAAUUUUCAAUAAAGAUGGGGAAAGAUUUGCAAUUACCUGUGACUAGGGUUAAAUUGAUAAUGAAAAGUUCGCCAGACGUUGAAAACAUAGGACAAGAUGCAUUGCACCUGGUGACGAGAGCCACGGAACUUUUCAUUCAACAUCUGUCUCAGAAUGCCUUUGAAAAGAACUCAUCCAACACAUUAGAUUACAAGCAAUUAGCAGAAAUAGUUCAAACAAGUGAAAACAUGACAUUCCUGAGAGAAAUAAUGCCAAGAAAGAUAACAGUACGAGAAUAUAGGAAACUGAUGGAAAGAAAUAAUGAAAAUGAAGAAGAAAUGGAAGAAGACUAAAAGAAUAUCUUGUAAUACAAUUAUUUAUUAAUAAAUACAAAAUAGCAUUAAGUCUUUUUAAACAAAA